GGUCUUUUGGCUCGCAGCGUCGCUCGCUCGCUCCCUCCCCAUCUCCGUCCCCUUCCCCGUCUUCUUCCUCUUCUGAGUUUUUUUUUUCUCUUUUGUGUGUGUGUGUGUGCGUGCGCAAUCGCUUCUGGAUUGUGCUUCUGGUGAAGGGUUUUAGUCGCCUGCUUUUGUGCAGUACCGGGUGCAACGCCCGCCACCAUGAUGGCGUCCCAAGCGCAGGCGCUACGGGGUGACCUCCAUCUGAGCAGCGUUGCGUCCGCUUCCUCGUCUGGGAUUCCUUCGUUCACUAGCUUGGGGAGAGUUUCUCUGCCUCGUGGACCGGGCAAGUCUCCCUCGCUCGCUCCCGCAUCUCGUAGCCGGAGACGAUUGACAUGUAGGGCUCUGGAAGAACAGCAGAACGCGAAAUCCUCGCCGAAGGUUAGCUUGUUUGGGUCGGAGCAGCCGCUCUCUGGGCCGCAGAAGAUUCUGGAAGGGUUGCCAGCUCCUGCUCGCUAUGUCGGGAGCGCAGUUGUAGUGGCUGGAGCUUUGGCAGCUGGGUACCUGCUGGGUGGUCGUGUGCCCGCUGGGCGGUUCCAAGGGUCCCAGGUUGCUGCCAUUGGAGGAGCGGUCGCCGUUGGUGCUCUUGGAGGCGCUACUGUGGUUGCGUUUAAUGCUGUGGCUCCGCAGGUUGCAGCCGUGCAGCUGAGAAACAAGCUUGUCAAUCACUCUGAUCCCAUGAGUGUGACCCCUGCCGAAAUUGACGAGCUUGCUAAGAAGUAUGGUGUCAGUAGGCAAGAUGAAAGGUUCAAUGCUGAGAUUCGAGAGUUGUAUGCUAGUUACAUCACUGGGAUAAUUCCAGCUGGCAAUGAAGAUUUGAGGGGAGAUGAAGUAGAAUCCAUUAUUGGAUUCAAGAACGCCUUAGGCUUGGAUGAUCCUGAUGCUGCUGCAAUGCACAUUGAGGUUGGCAGACGUUUAUUCAGGCAACGACUGGAAAUUGGUGAUCGUGAAGGCGCCGUCGAAGAGCGCAGGACAUUCCAAAAGUUGGUAUAUGUGUCUACUUUGGUAUUUGGUGAGGCUUCCAAGUUUCUACUUCCAUGGAAGCGUGUUUUUAAAGUCACGGAUGCUCAGGUUGAUGUUGCAGUCCGAGAUAAUGCAACGCGCCUCUUCAACGUACAACUCAGCAGUGUCGGCCCAGACUUUGGCGUCCAGCAAAUUAAAGACCUAAGAAAGAUUCAGCUUAAACUGAAACUCACUGAUGAGGUUACUGCUGAAGUUUUCAGGACUCAUGUUCAAAAGCAGCUUGAACAGCACAUAUCGUCUGCUAUGGAAAUAUUGAAGUCUCGGGCUCGGAUCAAAGACACUGCGAAGAUAGUCAGCGACUUGGACAACGCACUGGCCUUCAAUGCAAAAUUGGGCUCUAUCGCUUCAGAAGCUGAUGCCAAUGAUCUUCUUCCUGGCAUUGGCCCUAUUAGUGUUUUAGGUGGGCAAUUUGAAUCCGAUCGGGGCAUGGAUGAUCUUAAACAACUGUAUCGCAUAUACUUGACUGAAGCAUUUUCUGGUGGCAAAUUGGAGGAUGAUAAGGUAGCUGCAUUAGGCCAACUGAGAAAUAUGUUUGGAAUGGGCAAACGGGAAGCUGAAGAUGUCAUGCAAGAAGUUGUCGUAAAGAUAUACAGACGCAUGUUGGCCAAAGCCGUGCAGAGUGGUGACCUUGAGGCUGCACCAAGCAAAGCAAUGUUCCUGCAAAAUCUUUGUGACACUCUGAAGUUCGAUCCCACGAAAGCUAGUGAAGUUCACGAAGAAAUUUACCGGAACAAACUUGAGCAGUGUGUAGCGGAUGGCAAAUUGGAUGAUGAAGACGUCAAGAAUCUGUUGCGGUUGCGUGUAUUUUUGUGCAUCCCACAAGAAAUUGUGGACAAUGCCCAUGCUGAAAUAUGCGGACGUAUUUUCACCAAGGUUGUUGACGAUGCCAUCAGUGCGGGUAUCGAUGGCUAUGAUGCUGAGAUGAAGUCUGCUGUAAGGGAUGCAGCCACUGGCCUACGUCUCACACAAAAGGCUGCUAUGGAUAUCGCAGCUAAAGCGGUCCGGGGAGUGUUCUUGACUUACGUUAAAAGGUCCAGGAGUGCGGGUAGUCGUGUGGAAUCUGCCAGGGAGCUUAAGAAGAUGGUCAUCUUCAGCAACAUAGUAGUUUCAGAGCUUAUUGCUGACAUUAAGGGAGAUACUCCGGCUCCAGAGAAAGAGGAGACCAAGGAAGAAACCAAGAAGGAUGAGAAAGAAAUUGACCUUGAGGACGAGGAAGACUUUGAGAACAUCCAGUCUCUUAAGAAAACUAAGCCUGGAGCUCACCUAGAAGGCCGUAUGGAAAAGAAAUCGCAAAACGAAAUCACGAUUAGAGAUGAACUUGAAUUACGUGAGCGGACGGAUCUUUAUAGGACUUACUUGAUAUACUGCCUCUCGGGCGAGACCACUGGAAUGCCUAUGGGUACUCAAAUUGUUACUCAAAGGGAUGACACGGAAUUUGUUAGGCUUGGUCAAUUAGGUCAAAUUUUAGGCAUGAGUUCUAAGGAGGUUGCGGACGUCCACAAAGGUCUUGCAGAGCAAGCAUUCAGCCAACAAGCAAAGGUCAUAUUGGCCGAUGGCCAGCUCAGCAAAGCUCGUAUGGAACAACUCACGGAACUUCAGAAGCAACUUGGUUUGCCAGCAGAGUCUGCCAAGAAAGUCAUCGAGGGUAUCACCACAACAAGAAUGUCUGGUGCUAUUGAGUCUGCUAUCAACCAAGGAAGGCUUAACGUUGAAGAAGUGAAAGAACUCAGAGAAGCUGGAGUGGACAUUGAUGGCAUGAUUCCCAAGCCUGUGAGACAAAAACUAUUCAAAAAGGUGGUCGAUAGAACUCUUUCUUCAGGAACUGGGGACUUUGAUGAGGCUGAACUUUACGAGAAGAUGCCCGCAGAGCUUGGCAUCACCACAGACGAAGCGAAGAAGAUGACGCUGGAUCUUGCUAAAGAAAGACUUUCAAAUUCUCUCAUUCAAGCAGUUUCACUUCUGCGGCAAAAGAAGCCUGCUGACGUGGUAUCCACUUUGAACAACUUGCUGGCAUGCGACAAGGUGUCCCCAUCACCUGCUCUGUCCUGGGCAGUCAAGGACGAACUGCUGGAUCUCUUCUGUAUAUACGUGAAAGAGCCUCAGUCAGAAGAUAAGGUGUCUAGGUUACGAGAGCUCCUCGGUAUUGAUGAGUCCCAAGCAAAGAGCCUACAGGAGAUGGUGUCAACUAAAGGAUUCUCACUUGGUCUAGAGGAGGAAGAGUUCAGCUUUUAGGUGAGUAGUUGAGGACAUCUGCUUCUGGUUACCCAUGUGGCAGAUAGGGGACAGAACCGGAGGAGGUUCCAGUAGAUUGAGUUUAGCGUAACAAAUUUUCAGGAACACGGCACAAACUUCCACGGUUACUAGAAUUUUGAAGAAUAUGAAGGUUUUAUUGAGCACUUUGUGGCUUCUUCAGGUGAACGGAAGUGAGUUACUGUAUUACGUAUUCGUUCCAAUUUGCACCUUGUCUUGGGCAUUUGAAGACAAUGUAUUUUUGAAUAUUUUGUUACACAGCUUUAAAUAUUCAAUGGUUUCGAUAAUUUUAAA